AUGACACCGUUUUUCAUUGCCAUAACCCUGGGGAGGACCCUCCUCCGGUUCCCCGACACCCUCUUGGGCGACCCCCGCCGGCGCCGGCGCUACUUCGACCCCCAACGCCGCGAGUACUUCUUCGACCGCCACCGCGGAGCCUUCGGCGCCGUCCUCUACUACUACCAGUCGGGAGGAAGACUCCGGCGCCCACCCAACGUGCCCUUAGAUGUCUUCUUGGAAGAGUUGCGCUUCUACCAGUUGGGCGCCGAAGCAGAAGGAAGGCUCCGCGAGGCCGAAGGCUUCGGGGCGGAGGUGGUCCAACCCCUGCCCGGCGGGAGGUUGCGACGGCGGGCGUGGUUGUUGUGCGAGCACCCCGAGAGUUCGCCAGCCGCCCGGGCCGUGGCCUUGCUCUCCGUCCUCGUCAUCCUCGUCUCCAUCGUGGUCUUCUGCUUGGAGACUCUGCCCCAGUUUCGGGCUGGAGGGGAAGGGGGCGCUCAGCAUCUUCAGCAGCCCUUCAUCCUCAUCUCUAUGGACUUCAUCCUCCUCAACUUCACCCUCAGCAUCUUCAGCAGCCUUAGCCUCGCCCUCCUCAUCCUCAUCUUUGUGGACUUCGUCCUCAUCAUCCUCGUCCUCAGCAUCCUCAGUGGCUUCAGCCUUGCCCUCCUCAUCCUCAUCUUUGUGGACUUCACCCUCAUCUUUGUGGACUUCAUCAACCUCAUCCUCAGCAUCUUCAGUAGCCUCAGCCUUGCCCUGCUCAUCGUUAUGACCCUCAUCCUCGUCCUCACUCUGCUCAGUAGCUUCAGCCUCACCCUCCUCAUCCUCGUCCCUAUGAACCUCAUCUUCUUCAUCCUCGUCCUCAGCAUCCUCAGCGGCUUCAGCCUUGCCCUCCUCAUCCUCAUCUUUGUGGACUUCAUCCUUAUCUCUAUGGACUUCAUCCUCAUCAACCUCACCCCCAGCAUCUUCAGCAGCCUCAGCCUCGCCCUCCUCCUUAUGAACCUCAUCAUCCUCACCAUUCUCAGUAGCUUCAGCCUCACCCUCCUCAUCCUCGUCCCUAUGAACCUCACCUUUUUCAUCCUCAUCCUCAUCAUCUUCGUCCUCACCGUCCUCACCUCACUCCUCAUCCUCAUGAUCCUCAUCCUCACCCUCCUCAUUCUCAUCUUCACGAUCCUCAUCCUCACCACUCUCAUCCUCUUCCUCUUCCUCACCACCCUCAUCAUUCUCAUCACCUUCAGUCUCAUCCUCAUCAUCCACAACUUCAUCAUUCUCACCGUCCUCCCCCUCUUCAUCCUCACCAUCCCCAUCCCCAUCCUCCUCCUCCUUUUGUCAAUCUCAUCAUCCUCUUCCUCCUCAUCUUCCUCCUCUUUCUUCUGCCUGGAGACCCUGCCCCAGUACCAGCCGGGCAAGGAACCCUCACUGCAAAUGAAUCACCCCCAGAUCUUCUUCAUCCUCAUUGUCCUCACCAUCCUCACCAUCAUCUUCAUCACCCUCACCAUCUUCAUCAUUGCCACCUUCAUCUUCUUCAUCAUCAUCCUUCCCCGUUUCAACCUCGUCUUUUUCCUUUCGCGGCACUCGACGGGUCUGCAGAUCCUGGGCCAGACCCUUCGCGCCAGCAUGAGGGAGCUGGGCCUGCUCAUCUUCUUCCUCCUCAUCGGCGUCGUCCUCUUCUCCAGCGCCGUCUACUUCGCCGAGGCCGAAGACCCCGCCACCUCCUUCACCUCCAUCCCCCGGGCUUUUUGGUGGGCGGUGGUCACCAUGACCACG